AUGAACCCUCACCAGCAGAACAAAGUCGACAUUAGCUCGAUGACCCCAGAUGAGCAGCGGCUGCUGCGCAUGUACGGCAAGAUGCCCACCAAAAAGGACUUGCUUCAGAACAAGCUCAAGGAGCGCAAGUACUUCGACUCGGGCGACUACGCCCUCAGCAAAGCCGGCAAAGCCUCAGACGUCGGCGUCACCAGCAUUGGCUCUCGCCAUCCCGUCCCAGAAAACAUCCCCCAUCUCACAGCCACUUCACCCGGUGCCAACAAUCCCGGCGGUAAUGGCGGUAGCACCGCCGGCAUUGGGCAGCAGAUGCCCGGUAGCAUCAGUGGACACCCAGGAUCCAUCGGUUUCCAGAGCCGAUCCCCCGUGAAAGAAGGCGGAAGCUUCCUGCACCGGGGCUCAAGUCUGAGCGAGGAGUCGUCGACCAUGGACACCGAAGGCGGAGAUAACAAUACCGUCAAGAAUCAGGGCGAGGAAUCUAGUGUGAGCCCUCCUCCUGGUAGGCAAGGUGUGCCCAUCCACCAGUAG